AUGUCGACAACCCCUAUCCACACUUUCGAAGUUGCCGACCCUCCGUUCGAUGACACCGAUGCAGACAUCGUUCUCCGUUCCUCCGACGACGUCGAUUUCUACGUCCACAAAUGGCCCUUAUCCAGGGCAUCUUCCGUGUUCGAAGACAUGUUUUCCAUCCCUUCCCCAAACGCCCCUUCCAACGCCGACGACCUCAAAGAUGGCCUCCCUGUUGUGCGUGUCGCGGAAGAUUAUCAAACGCUGGACAUCGUUCUGCGACUCUGCUACCCGAGAGACCAGCAGACCCUCACCCUCGAUGUACCGUCCAUUCGACAGCUGCUUCCGGCUCUCGAAAAGUACGAGAUGCUCAAAGACAUGACUGAGAUCCUUGAACCGAUGAUGUUGGCCGCUGCCGAAACGGACAGUCGCGCAAUGUAUGCUAUUGCUUGUCGAUAUCAGAUGCUCAAACUCGCGAAUCGCAUCGCGGUCUUAUCGCGCAGGCUCCUAUCCGAUGCCAGUUCCCCUUCCACCAUCGGUUUCUUCACUCCUCUGCCGCUUCCAGAGCUGUUUAUUCCAGCUGGAUUGUUUUUGAAAUGCUCGCUGGAUCCGUCAGAAGUCAAAACGCACCCUGUUGCUGUUCUCAGGUGGAUUUCGCGACUGAAAAAGGUGCAUUUCACGGCCCAGAGUGGAUCUUGA